AUGUACAACUUUUUAGAAUUUUUCUUCUUUUUUAUAACGUACACCUUAUUUAAGAGCACUUUCGUUCAAGGAAAAAGUUCAUUUCCUGGACAUGAUGUGUGUAAGUUCGAAGACCAAAAUUUCCAGACAGAGUUCUUCUUAAAUGUUCUUAAAGGUGACAAGUUACAGAACUUGAAGCAGGAGUACGAACAAUACAAAAAACAAAGUACUUUGUACACAGGCUUUGUAAUUGAAAAACAAUAUGAAUACCAGGUAGCGCCCUUGCAAAUCAAUAAUUUUCUUCAAGUGACCUUUUGUAAAGGAGGAAAGCCAAUUUGGAAUCAUAUUCUACCCUUUCAAAAGGAUUUAGAUUGGGCAGAACCACUAUGCAUUCCAGCCCAGGAGGAUGAUACUAUCUCCCAAAACAGCUCAGUAUGUUUCAAGUUUGCAAGGGUGCAGAAAUAUACACAGCGUAAUGUAACCCUUUACUUUCCUAAUAAAUUUGUUGGAUUCGUAUUUGUUUGCAAUUCUUCAAAGACGCAUCCCCCCACUCAGAACAAUUUUGAAACUAUUCCAUUAACGCCUAUUAUUUCUGAUGAUAUUAGAGAUUACAAAAUAUCUUGGUCAAUUAAAGGAAGAAUCACCAAGGUGGUACCUUAUCUACAUUCGUUAAGUAUUCCUAUGUCCAAAUAUGAGAUGCUCAUCCAUUCAGAUAAGAACAUAUCAAACGAAUUGGAAUAUAAAUCCUUAACUUCGGAGUUUUGGAAGAGCUAUAAAAACUUAAGAAAGUUUAAAAACAAAGAAAUGUCUUGGAUAAACGAAAUAAAUCCUAUGGAGCAAUAUGAUAGCUCUGGGAAUGAAAAUGUCCCGAAUUUUCAUGAAAAACUAGACCGUACAAUAAAUCGGAUUGCGCAAAACAUAGAAAGGCCUCAUGAUGCACUAAUAAGAGCGAUAGCCGCACAUAAUAGAAACUCUAAUAGUGGAAAUAUUACAAGAAGGAAAUAUUUGAGGAGGAAGAUCUCAAAGAUGUUAAAAAAUAAGAUACCUCUUAAGAACUGA